AGGUGCUUCACAGCAAGGAACAAGACAUGAUAGGGCCACUCCUCUUGUGCCUCUGGGGGCUCCUUGGGAAGGGAGCACUGGCAGCCUGGGCUGCAGAUCCCAAGCACCAUGGGGGCUCCCCACAGCAGGACUAUAGCACCAGCCCCUACCCUCCCAGCAGCCCCAGCCCUCCCAGGGCAAGGGAGCAGGAGGCUGGGGUCCUCUUCCCCCUGCCUCUGAAUCCUCCCCACCAGGCCAAGGAUGGACCAAAGGAUCCCUGGAGAAGUAACUGGUGCCCCUUCCGGCAGUCCAGGCUGGUCACCUUUGUAGCCUCCUGCAAAACUGAGAAGUUCCUUGUCCAUUCUCAGCAGCCCUGUCCUCCAGGGACUCUUGAUUGUCAGAAGGUCAAAGUCAUGUACCGGGUCUCCCCAAAGCCAGUCUACCAGGUGAAGCAGAAAGUGCACACCUCUGUAGUCUGGAAGUGCUGUCCUGGUUACAGUGGUACUGACUGCCAACAUUACGACCCUUCAAUGAUCUCAGAAAUAGACAACCGAAGUAAAUGGAAGGAGGACCCUUGGGAAAAGUCCGUGGAACACGAAACUGCUCCUCUUUACAGAGAACCCAUGGAGUUCCGGAGAGCAACUGAACAACAUGAGAACCUCUUAGAAGACCUUCAGAAUGACAUCCAUCAGGCAACCAGCAACCUUCUGGAUCUGCAAAAGUCCCUGGAAAGUAACCAUACAGCCAAAGAGAUAUCGACAAAUCUAACGGGACUUGGGUCUAUGGAUCAAUCCCUUCAGCAGGUCCUCCUACCCCAUAUGGAGAGCUUUCUGAAAAAUCACUUUAGCCCCAUCUGGAGAAGCUUCAAUGAAAGCCUCCACAACCUCUCUCAUAUGGUGAAGAACCUAUCGCGUGACGUGGAGGCCAAUCGCCAGAACAUUGAGAGAUUCCAGGAUAUCGCUGUGCCCAAGGCAGAAUUCCAGGAGCUGGGCACCAAAUUCGAAUCCAAAGUCCAGGAAAACAUUCUAAAAGUCAACCAGCUUCGGCACGACAUUGACAGUCAGCUGCGUGACCAGCAGCUUGUCCUGAACCACAACCUGUCUGUGGUCAGGGCAGACACAGAUUUGAAGGUGAAGAAGAUCCAGAAGGCCCAGGAAGUCCACUUACUACUGGCCAAUGCCAGCACGGUAGAGUCCAAGGAAGAGCAGGAGGACUUACAGAUCAAGCUGGGACAGCUGCAGAGCAACCUCUCAGAGCUGUCCUUUGCCUCCGGCAGGAGAGAAGAUGAAGUCCUGAAUGCCCUCAAGCAACUCAAUGAGACCCUCGCCAAACAUGAGGAAGAUAUCAAAGAACUCUUCAUGGAUUCUGAUGAGAACUUUGAGCUUGGCACCAGGCUAGAAGGGCAGGUGAGCACUAUGAGAAGCAACAAGGCCAUGAUUGAGGAGCUCAGGGUCAUCUUAAUGGAGAAGUCCCUCAUCAUGGAGGAGAUCAAAGAAGACUUUGAGAGGCAGAUCCUAGAUCUGAACUACACCCUGCACCACUUACAGGGGAGCCAUUCAGACCUGAUGAAAUACGUGAAGGACUGCAAUUGUCAAAAGCUCUACUUUGACCUGAGCCUCCUCCGGGAGGACCAGAGAAAUGCCACUCGUUUUCUGGAAGAAACCCACCUGACCCUGGAGGACCAGAAGAUGCUGGAGAGUUCUUCCAUCAAGGCUCUGCGCAAUGCCGUGGAGGACCUCGCCUUGUCCAUGGAUGCCCAGAAGGAGGAGAUCACCCGGGCCAAGGUCAGCAUAGCCUUGCUUAAGGGCCAGCUGCAGGCACUGGUAGGGGAGGUGGAUGGGCUAAAGCGAGUGGAUAGGCACGUCUUCAGGGAAAUCCGCCAUCUCAACAAUUCAUUUGGCUCCCUCCUGGAAGAUGCCUUAAGACACCAGACGGUGCUGGCCACCCUAUUUGGAGAAGAGAUGUUGGAGGAAAUAACUGAAGAGGACAAUGCCAGGUUGCCUUUGACCUACUUUCAAAUUGAAGAUGCCCUGGACUACACGUCGAAUAGACUGAAAGAGCAUGCCAUAGACCUGAUGGCGCUCAGGGAGAGGGUAGGUUUGCUGGAGAGUGUUGGCAAAGAUGAGCCACCGGACUCCGAGCAGGCCAAGGCAGGAACUCGGAGCAGGGCGGAACACCUGGAACCCAACCACGAAGCCUCAGAUGGGGGCAGCCUCCAAGAAAAUGACCUGGCUAGCCUGAAGAGUGAGAUCACGCACCUCAGCACUCAGAUGGAGAAAUUCAAGUCCCAGAUAAGCCACAGCCAAGGGUGCUGCCAUCCUGCUGGGCUACUGCCCCUCAACUUGUCCCUGGAGAGCCUCCAGAGUGACGUCAAGGCCAUGAAGCAGGACCUGGGCCAUCAUCUCCAGCUGUUUCAGAGCCUGUUUGGAAACUACAGGGAGCUGGUGGCCACCAACAUCAGCCUGGACCUGGGGAAGCUUCAGUCCAUCCUCAGCAAAAAGGGAAAGAAGAAACAGAGAGAACAAGAGUCUCAUGGAAAGAGAGACAAGAAACAAGUAGAGAAAUGGGGAGAACAGCCACUCCCUGGGAGUGGGAGAAGCGACCAGGCCCCCAAGUUCCUUGGCAAUGGACCCUCCGUGGCCUUCCACGCUGGAUUUCCCCAGGGGACCCGCGGUCUUCGGCAGCCCGUGAAGUUCAACGCCACUUACCUGAACGUCGGGGACGGCUACUCCCCAGAGCACGGCUUCUUCCGAGCCCCAGUGCGCGGGGUGUACCUGAUUGCUGUGAGCGCCGAGUUCGGCCCAGGGCCAGGCGAGGGCCAGCUCGUGCUCGGGGGCCGACUAAGAACGUCGAUCUCUAGCAGCUCCGAGAAGCCCACGGCCGCCGGAGGGAGCAGCGCGGCCACCUUCGCGGUGGUCGAGCUGCAGAAGGGGGAGAGGGUAUGGUUCGAGCUCACGAAGGGUUCCCUAGCAAGGAGGGAUCCCAGUGGUUCGACGCUGGGUGGUUUCCUGGUGUUUAAGACUUGAACCAGAGCCCCCCCCCCCCCCGUUUCUUCUUCCCAAAGAGGCCAUAAAUGCCUGGACCGUGAUUUCUAUAGCACCACUGUGUUAUCCCUAACGCUCCCUGGAAGCCUUUAGCCAAAGCAAUUUGGUGCUCAAGCCUCAUGUUUUGGGUGCUCUGGGCUCCGCUUUUUCCUGAGGAUGAGAGAAAACUGAGGCGCCUGGAGCCCUUCCUCUGGCCUUGGGACCUGAAGCCGGCUAUUGUUGAAAGACUCUGCCUUGAGGACUGGGCAGGUCCAAAUCUGGGGUUUGGCUAAAGGCCAAGGCAAGAUUUGAACCACCUUGGUUGGGGAGUGGAGAGGGGCUGCCCUUCACUCCCUCCAGAAUCACCCAGUACUUUUCCGGGCUCUCCACCUUUGCUGAGACCAGUAGCUUUUCUACAACUCUUCAAACCUCUGCCUCCCCUUAGUUUCUUUUCCAUUGCUUUUCUACCUCUCUUGAGGUGCACCCUUAGGGGAAAGACCUCAGCUGUCCAGUCAAGUCAACCCACAUUUAUUAAACAGGGCGCUAAGUGAUGAGGCCUCUGCCCCUGAGGAGGUAGUGUUCUCAUGCUGGAAACGUCAAGGUAAGCUGGGGGCUUGACCUGCUCAAGAAAAUGGCAGCUCUUUUUGUGCCGGCUAAGAAUCCAUCAUCAAAGGGGCGCCCUUCAACUGGGGAAUGGCUAAACAGGCUGUGGCAUACGAUUGUAACAGAAUAUUAUUGUGCUGUAAGAAAUGACUAGCAGGGUGAUUUCAGAAAAAACUGGGAAGACUUACAUGAACUGAUGCAUAGCAGAGUGAACAGGACCAGGAGAAGAUGUACACAGUAAAAGCAAUAUUGUUCCAUGAAGAACUGUGGGCUGGUGACCUUGCACAGCCCUCUACCACUUAAAUCCAAUUCACCUGCAUGUCACGGAUCACCUCCAUGAUGUCAUGGUCCUCUUCCAGAACGAAGGACAAACAACAACAACCCUGUGAAUGACUUAGCUGGUUCCAGCAAUACAAUGACCCAAAAUAAUUCCAAAGGACUAAACCUGCCUCCAGAGAAAGAAAUGAUCUUGAUUGAAUACAGACUGAAGCAUGCUAUUUUUUUACUUUCAUUUUUUUCUUUUAUUCAAGUCUUCUUGUACAAAAUUAUUAAUAUGGAAAUGUUUUACAUAAUUGUACAUGUAUAUAUGAUUACUGUCUCAGGGAGGGGGGAGAAGAGAGAGGGAGGGACAGAAUUUGGAACUCAAUACUUUAAAUAAAAAUGUUUUUUUAAAUUGGAAAAAAAAAACAAAAACAAAAUGUCAGCUCCUCAGAAUAGAUGUGUUUUCCAACAAGAAAGCUCCAUUCUGUGCAGUGUUAGGAACUUCAUACCCAUGGGAGAUAAAGGGAAAACCAGAAAGGACUGAACCUACCCACCAUAGGGCCAUAGCAUUUGAGAGUGAUGGAGGCCCAUAGAGAACAUCUAAUUAAAUCCUCUUGCUUUAGAAAUGAGGAAAGUGAUAAAAAUUUCUGCUCCUGGGCAUGAAGAAAACUAGGGUCCUUCCCUUGGCACCUGAAACCCAAAGGGUUCAUCCAUAAUUUCCCUUUUAUUGCUAAAUAUUUCCCAUCCCACCCCUUUUCCCUUCUGUUUAAGAUUAAAGUAAAACUGAAGAACUCUGUGGCAAAUUUUUAAAUUUAAAAAUAGAAAGUAUUUUCUUAUUUUCUCACAGAUUCAUAGAUUGUUAAAAAUUAUAACUAGGAUGUGGCGACCAAGGCUUUGCCCUUGGACAGAGAAAUUUAUGGAGGUAUUGAAAUCACUUUCUACCCUUUAGCUGUAAAGAAAUACUAACUAGCACCUAGUUAGUAAGAAGAAUUCAUUCCAUAGGAAGCUACCAGCCCACUGCUUCCUUCCCCUGAUGGCUUCAUCCCAGGAAGCUCCACUUUAGGAGCCAGGUCCUGCCCAAUUUCAAUGCCUUCCCCCAUCCCAAUGCAGGAGUCCCUCCAGCAUUGACUCUAGUGGUGUAGCAGGAUCUCUGCUGCUUCACCUCAAUGAUUCUAGGGCAACUUCUCCUAAAUUAAAAAAAAAUCAUAGUUACAGCUCUCCUGUUAAAGAUCCAGGGGACUUCUGAAAGCAUCUUCUUUGGCAGAGGAAUAAAUUGAGGAGGAGAGAGGUAAAACAGCUUACUUGAAGUCAUUUAGCUUGCUAGCAAGAACCUGACCUUGAACUCGUAUCUCCUGACUCCAAGGUCGGUGUUGUUUUUUUUUCCCCCACUACCCUCCAGUGCACCUCUGCUCCAUCUUUUUCACCUAUGGUUACGCCCAACUUUGGUAUUCAUCAGCAUCUCUAUCUAUAGUAAAGGGUGAGAAAGGGAAUAGAAGCUCAAAAAUAAAGGUCUCUUUCAGUUACAAUCAUUUGGAAUAAAAUUCUGUCCUUCAA